CUUUUUUUACUUGUUAAAAUCUUCCUAUUCUCUUGGACCAAAGAAGGUAGAAGAUGAAGACGGUCAGUAUUGUAGAGAGAGAGACAGAGAAAGAGGGUUUUAGGUCUACCCACUGGUUGUUAGAGUACUGAACACCCUUAACCAGCAAAGCACCAACAACAACCACCGUGACAACGUCAACUACAACAACAAGAGAAAGAAAAGGAGAGAAAUUUUUCAUGGUGAAGAGGGUUUACUACACGUGAGAGGGAUAGGUAUAUGAUUAGUUGAUAGCAAAUAUAUAAACAAAAUAAAGAUACUGAGAAGAAGAUUGUUGUUCAUGGUCCUUGUCGUUCCAUUCAAAUUAAAAAUUUGUGUCGAAGGUGUAACUUUUUUAUGAUCUUGGGAUCAGUUUGUCUUUGUCUUAGAAGGUCUAAUUUCAGUGAAUUGGGAGUGCUUUUAAGCUUUAUUGCUCCCCAUAAUCUAAGCACUAUUGGAUUUUCAGUUCAUGAAGCAACGAUAUUCUCUAUGAAGAAUCCUGAGACUUUCACAAAUACCUUGUCUGGAAAUCAGCCGCAACAGAACUUUGUUGAUAUUCCAUCUGUUGGAGCAUCAGAUUCAAACCAGUCACAUCAACAGAUCUCAUCCAGCAACUUUGGUUCUCAUAUGGAGGAUCGAGAUUACAGUGUGUGGAGAGAUGGAAGAAAUGAAAUGUUGUCGUCCACGGGUCCCAGUCAAAGAUAUUAUGAUCCCUCUCAAUAUAAAAUUACAGCUCUGCCGGAUACGAUUCCCAACUCCAAAUACCUUAAGGUGGCACAAGAACUGCUUGAUGAAGUCGUUGCCGUCAAGGCUUCUAAGCAGCAUGAGUCUCACAGGUUUGGUUUUAAGGUCUCCAAGGUGAAUGAUGGAGAAUUAAAGAAUAGUGGUGCGUUGCCGUCCCCAGUUGGAUCAUCAAACCCUCAGGAUACAAGUACAAAUUCAGUGAGUGAGCAACAAGAUUUGAGGAACCGAAUGUCUAAUCUUUUAUCCAUGUUGGAUGAGAUUGAUAGAAGAUAUAAGCAGCAUUCCCAGCACAUGCAGAUCGUCGUUUCUUCCUUUGAUCUUAUAGCAGGAUGUGGGGCUUCUAAUCGAUACACGGCCCUUGCUCUCCGGGUAAUUUCCAACCAGUUUCACUGCUUACGUGAUGCUGUAAAUCGCCAGAUAAAAGCAGUUCGAAGAAGCCUCGGGGAGCAGGAUACUGGAGAUAAUGGUUCGUCUGUUGGAAUAUCUCGCCUUCGCUUUGUUGACCAGCGGCUUAGACAACAGAGGACUCUUCAGCAAUUUGGAAUGCUGCAACAAAAUGCUUGGAGGCCUCAACGGGGGCUACCUGAGAGCUCUGUUUCGGUCCUUCGUGCUUGGCUAUUCGAGCACUUCCUUCAUCCCUACCCUAAGGAUUCUGACAAAUCUAUGCUAGCAAAACAAGCAGGAUUGACCAGAAGUCAGGUUUCUAACUGGUUUAUAAACGCCCGUGUUCGCCUUUGGAAACCCAUGGUUGAGGAGAUGUACAAAGAAGAAAUUUAUGACCCUGACGUGGAGGCUAAUUCUUCAUUAGACAAUGCAAUCAAAGCUGCAACCAACGAGCCCAGGGUUUCUGAAGGUCGCAGUGAGGUGUUAUUGCAGAACACAGAGUCCGCAGCCACCGAGGGAAGUCAACUGCGUAACCAAUUUGAGGAAUCGUCAAAUCUCGCUGCACAUGGAAACAUAUCUGAACUUACAGCAGGAACCAAUGCGAACGAGUGUAAUCUUCUCAAAGAUAUGAUCAUUCAAUCUGGAGGGAGCACGGGCGGGAGGUUUAUGACUGCUGCAACUGGGUACCAAAUUGCCGAGCUAGGUAGACUUAGAAGUGGAGGUGGGGUAUCGCUUACUUUAGGAUUACAACAUUGUGACAACAGUGGCAUACUUACCAUUUCUGGUAGGACCCAUCACAAUUUUAUCAACACGAGAAGAGAUGAUUUGUGCACUCCAGAUGUCUCAUCUCUGGGGCCUAACACGUCGAAUUACGACUGCUCGGAUGCAGGGUAUCAGCACAACAGAUGGCUCUUUCUUGAUUACUGGUUUCAUGGGAGGGUUCAUGUUGACUUCCUCAGCUUUCUGUUUCUUGUCUUUAGGUUUAUAUUCUAGAGCUUAGUGGUUUUGUACCUCGGCAGCCAAGCACAUCCAGAACUUCCCUUGUUCUCUACUAUAUAUUUAGUACAGAAAAACCCCUUUUAAUACUUCUUCUUUGUGGUUUGAAUCAAUAUAAUCUUAGUCUAGUUUUGUG